AUGUUCUCUUUCUCUACUCUUAUGUUGGCAGCUUGCGCUUGCGUCAGCACCUUCGCAGCUCCUACUGAUUCUUACCUGGCUGAGCGGGCUCUCACCACAAGUCAGACCGGAGAAAACAACGGCUACCACUACUCCUUCUGGACCAACGGCGGUGGCCAAGUCCAGUACAACAACGGAAAGAACGGUGAAUACGAUGUGUCUUGGAAAGACUGCGGUGAUUUCACCUCUGGCAAGGGCUGGAGCACCGGUACUAACCGCGACAUCCACUUUGCUGGCAAUUUCAACCCCUCUGGAAAUGCCUAUCUUGCCGUGUAUGGCUGGACUAAGGGUCCUCUCGUCGAAUACUACGUCUUGGAGAACUACGGCGAAUACAACCCCGGCUCAAGCAUGACCCACAAGGGAUCUUUCUCUAGCGAUGGAUCGGUCUAUGACAUCUACACCCACCAGCAGGUUAACCAGCCCUCUAUUGAAGGUACGACAACCUUCAUGCAGUACUGGUCAAUCCGCCGCAACAAGCGCUCUGCUGGAACCGUUACCACUGCCAACCACUUCAAUGCUUGGGCUUCGCAUGGAAUGAACCUUGGCCAGCACGACUACCAGAUUCUUUCUGUCGAGGGAUUCGCAAGCAGUGGUUCUGCUCGCAUGUCUGUUUGGUAA